GUGCUACUUACUGCUGCUGCUCGCGCUUACUGCCAGGUGGCCAGUAAUUCCGAGUGUGGUUGUCGCCUAGAUGGCUCCCUUGUCUUAAAGCCCGCUUCACGACAGACGACAACGACUACGCAGCCCGCCUCCGGACCCUGAUCUAAUCCCAAUUGAUGUACAGAUCGCUUUCUUCACCAAUUACAUUUUGAAGAAUAUCAAAGAAUAUCCUAGACAAGGAAGACAGUAUUGUUAGAGAUUCUAUGGGCGAGAUUUGUUUCUUGAACCCAACAAAGUAUUAGACCAACAUAGACCAUGGCUCCUAGCGGCCAACGCCGGACAUAUGGCUCGCUCACCUCCUCUCCUGUCCUCUCUUUCCUGAUCCUACCCUUCCUCGUUUUCUUCCUGAGCUUCCCAGCCCCAGCGGCGGCUGCGGGUUCCGCAGUCCUCGGUAUCGAUGUCGGCACCGAAUAUCUGAAAGCUACGCUCGUCAAACCCGGUAUCCCUCUCGAAAUCGUCCUCACCAAAGAUUCGAAGCGUAAGGAGUCCGCUGCCGUUGCGUUUAAGCCUACCCGCGAAGCCGAUGCUCUGUUCCCCGAAAGAUUUUACGGCGGCGACGCCCUGGCGCUGGCCGCACGGUAUCCCGAUGAUGUAUAUUCGAACCUCAAGUCCUUGCUCGGGGUUCCUUUCGAUGGGGACAAUGAGAUGAUCAAAACCUUCCAGAACCGCUAUCCCGCAUUGCGGCUGGAAGAAGCUCCCGGAGAUCGUGGCACGGUUGGACUGCGGAGCAACAGACUCGGAGAGGCCGAAAAGAAGGACGCUUUCCUGGUCGAAGAAAUUCUGGCCAUGCAGUUGAAGCAGAUCAAAGCCAAUGCCGAUAGUCUGGCUGGAAAGGGAUCCGACAUUACGGAUGCGGUGAUCACCUACCCGUCAUUCUACACUGCCGCGGAGAAGAGGAGUCUAGAACUGGCCGCGGAACUGGCAGGCUUGAACGUUGAUGCCUUUAUCAGCGAUAACCUUGCCGUCGGAUUGAACUACGCAACCAGCCGCACUUUCCCUAGUGUUUCGGACGGACAGAAGCCUGAGUACCACAUCAUCUACGAUAUGGGCGCCGGUUCUACUACUGCCAGUGUGAUUCGCUUCCAAAGCCGUGCCGUGAAAGACGUGGGACGGUUUAACAAGACCGUCCAAGAGGUUCAGGUCUUGGGAACUGGCUGGGACAAGACCCUUGGAGGAGAUGCGCUGAACGAUUUGAUCGUCCAGGAUAUGAUCGCGACCCUGGUGGAGGACAAGAAGCUUAAGGAUCGUGUCGGACCGGCUGAUAUUCAGGCCCACGGAAAGACUAUGGCAAGACUUUGGAAGGAUGCGGAGAAGGCGCGCCAAGUGCUCAGUGCCAACACUGAGACCGGCGCCGCGUUCGAGAGCCUUUACGAGGAAGACCUUACCUUCAAGUACCGUGUGACCCGUGCCAAAUUCGAAGAACUUGCGGAGCAGCAUAUUGCCCGUGUCGGAAAGCCUUUGGAGCAAGCUUUGGAGGCUGCUGGAUUGCAGCUGAGCGACAUUGACUCCGUUAUUCUCCACGGUGGCGCCAUUCGCACGCCUUUCGUGCAGAAGGAGCUGGAGAGGGUAUGCGGAUCUGCGAACAAGAUUCGGACCAGUGUCAAUGCGGAUGAAGCUGCAGUAUUUGGCGCUGCUUUCAAAGGAGCCGCUCUCAGUCCCAGCUUCCGUGUCAAGGACAUUCGCGCAAGCGAUGCCUCUGGAUAUGCCGUCUUGCUGAAGUGGACCUCUGAUUCUAAGGAGAGACAGCAGAAGCUUUUCACCCCGACUUCCCAAGUCGGUCCUGAGAAGCAGGUUACUGUCAAGAACCUGGAUGACUUCGAGUUCAGCUUCUACCACCAAAUUCCCGUCGACGGAGGUGUCGUCGAAUCGCCGAUUCUGGGGGUGAAGACGCAGAACCUCACUGCGUCUGUCGCCAAGCUCCAGGAAGACUUUGGUUGCUCAGCUGCCAACAUCACCACCAAAUUUGCCAUCCGUCUGAGUCCCGUCGAUGGUCUUCCCGAAGUUGCUAGCGGUUCCGUCAGCUGCGAAGUUGAGUCUGCCAAGAAGGGAAGUGUUGUCGAGGAUGUCAAGGGAUUUUUUGGCUUGGGCAAGAAGGACGAACAGGCGCCUCUCGGAGAGGAAGGCGAACCGAGCGAGUCCAUCACUCUGGAGCCGGAGGAGCCUCAGGCUGCUACGACUUCUUCGGCGGAUGAUGCUUCCGCCACCGCAUCUGCCAAGGAAAGCAAGAAGAACACCCCUCAGACCAAGCUGGAGUCGAUUUCCAUCAGCUUCACCUCAUCUCCCUUGGGUAUUCCUGCCCCUACCGCCGCUGAACUCGCCCGCAUUCAGGACCGCCUGGCUGCCUUCGAUGCCUCGGACUACGACCGUAUUCUACGCGAGGAGGCCCUGAAUGAAUUGGAAUCUUUCAUCUACCGCAGCCGGGACCUGGUGGACGAUGAGGAAUUCGCCAAGGUGGUGAAGCCCGAGCAGCUGACCACGCUGCAGGAGAGAGCCUCUGCUGCCAGUGACUGGUUGUACGGCGACGGAGCUGACGCAAAGACCGCCGAGUUCCGGGAGAAGCUGAAGUCUCUGAAGGAAAUCGUCAACCCCGCCCUCAAGAGGAAGAAGGAGAACGCGGAGCGCCCCGCCCACGUCGACCUGUUGCAGCGAGUGCUGAAGAACGCCGAGUCUGUCCUUGAUGUCAUGAAGCAGCAGAUCCAGCAGGACGAGGAUCUUUACUCCAGCAUCGCGGCAUCCAGCUCAACUUCCACCACCGAGCCCGAGACCUCGACUUCCUCUACCGAAUCUCCCUCCGCCGAUCCCUCCGUCGACCUAGACGAAGACCCCUACGCAACCUCCUCUACCACCACCCAGACCGCCUCCGCCACCACCACCCCCAAGCCCAGCGGACCGAAAUACUCCAUCUUCCAACCCCACGACCUGAGCAGCCUCUCCAAGACCUACGAAUCCACCAACACCUGGUUCGAAACCCAGCUCGCCCUCCAAGAGCAGCUCACCGAAACUGACGACCCGGCCCUCACCGUCGCGGAGCUCGACACCCGCCUCAAGGAGCUCGAGCGCAUCCUGAACCGCAUCUACGACAAGAUGGGCGCCGCGGCAGCCAAAUCCGGAAAGGACCAGACCAAGAAGACCAAGGACAGCAAGUCGUCCAAGGAAACCAAGAAGGACAAGGAGAACGACAAGAAGACCAAGGAGAGCGACAAGAAGAUUAAGGAAGAAGAAAAGAAAGCCAACGUCAAGGACGAGUUGUAAUCACAUCACAUACAUAUCGGUCUUUCUUUCAUGGAGCCUUAAAACAAAAAGAGAAAAGGUGGGGAGUUCGGAUUGAGCGUUACCUGUUCCUUUAUUUGUAUUUUUUUUUUUUUUUUUGCCCCUCUUGUUUUUCUGUUUG